CAAUGCUCUCUGCUAUCGAUUCACAUUGGACCCUCAGUGCGGGCGAGAGCGGUGGUAAACAUGGCGUCGGAAGGGAUGAUUUUAACCAACCACGACCACCAAAUUCGAGUCGGAAUUCUAACGGUGAGUGACAGCUGCUUCAGGAACCUGGCAGAAGACCGUAGUGGAGUGAACCUUAAAGAUCUGGUCCACGACCCCUCACUGCUUGGUGGCAUCGUAUCUUCCUACAAAAUAGUCCCAGAUGAGAUAGACGAGAUAAAGGAGACGCUAGUGGACUGGUGUGAUGAGAAGGAGCUGAACCUGAUUUUGACCACUGGGGGAACCGGCUUUGCCCCCCGCGAUGUCACGCCCGAGGUACAUGAAGACCCCAAAGUUUGUGUUUGUGUCCAUGCCACCAGGGAGGUGAUGGAGCGGGAGGCUCCGGGGAUGGCCCUGGCCAUGCUGAUGGGGUCACUCCAGGUCACCCCCCUGGGAAUGCUGUCCAGGCCGGUCUGCGGCAUCCGGGGCAAAACCCUCAUCAUCAACCUACCUGGCAGCAAAAAGGGCUCGCAGGAGUGUUUCCAGUUCAUCCUGCCUGCCCUGCCCCACGCCAUCGACCUGCUGCGCGACGCUGUGGUGAAGGUGAAGGAGGUCCACGAUGCCUUGGAGGACCUGCCAUCGCCUCCUCCGCCACUCUCCCCCCCUCUCAACCUCAACAGCGUAGCCUGUACCCAGACGGAGGACAAGGGUGUGCAGUGCGAGGAUGACGACGACGACAAGAUGAAAGACGGUGGCAUGGCGUCCAACGACGACCAUCACGGCCACUCCCACCACCGCCACGCCCACUCCCAUGGACACAACUCGCACAUCACCGCCGCCGCCAUUGCUGCCAAGAAGCCCCACCAGCACCAUAACCACGCUGUUGUCAUGGCUAAAGGUAGUCCCUAUCUACCUGGUCAGGUGUCUGCCCUCCCCCCCGCCCCAUCUCAUUUCACCUGCUCCUGCUCCGGGGACCAGGCGGUAACGAUCCCAGACAGCAUCAUCUCCAGGGGUGUCCAGGUCCUGCCCAGAGACACAGCCUCUCUGAGCACCACGCCCUCCGAGUCGCCCCGUGCCCAGGCCACCUCGCGCCUCUCCACCGCCUCCUGUCCCACACCCAAAGCCCGGCUCCCCUCCUGCUCAUCCAGUUAUAGUGUCUCCGAGGCCGCACGGAGAGAAUUCAGGGCUCACCUGGAUGAGGUCAUCACGCUCCAGUCUAGGUACUCUACCUUGGACCAGCUCCAUUCUAGGUUGGAGGGACUCAACGAGGACUACCGAGGCCAUAGCAGGACCUACGACUCGCGAGUUCAGUCGCGGUGUGGCAGCAAAGAAAACAUCCUGCGAGCUAGCCACAGCGCGGUGGACAUCACCAAGGUGGCCCGUCGGCACCGCAUGUCCCCCUUCCCCCUCACCUCCAUGGACAAGGCCUUCAUCACCGUGCUGGAGAUGACCCCCGUGCUCGGCACCGAGAUCAUCAAUUACCGAGCUAUUCCAACUGACCCAGAUGCUCUCCAUUCCACCCUGUCUAUCGAUGGGAUGGGCCGAGUCCUCGCUCAGGACGUCUACGCCAAAGACAACCUGCCUCCCUUCCCUGCGUCUGUCAAAGAUGGGUAUGCCGUGCGAGCGGCUGACGGUCCCGGAGAUCGUUUCAUCAUCGGGGAAUCGCAGGCAGGACAGCAGCCCACCCACACAGUGAUGCCGGGUCAGGUGAUGCGGGUGACGACGGGGGCUCCUAUCCCCUGCGGGGCGGAUGCUGUGGUACAGGUGGAGGACACCGAGCUCCUCCGAGAGUCAGAGGACGGCACAGAAGAGCUUGAGGUGCGGAUCUUGGUUCAGGCCCGUCCUGGACAGGACAUCAGGCCCAUAGGUCACGACAUCAAGCGUGGGGAGUGCGUCCUGUCCAAGGGAACCCACAUGGGCCCCUCUGAGAUUGGCCUUCUGGCCACCGUUGGCGUCACCGAGGUAGAGGUGCAGAAGUUCCCUGUGGUGGCUGUCAUGUCCACUGGCAACGAGCUUCUGAAUCCAGAGGAUGACCUGCACCCGGGGAAGAUCAGGGACAGCAACAGAUCCACACUGCUGGCCACCAUUCAGGAACAUGGCUACCCCACCAUUAACCUGGGCAUCGUCGGAGACAACCCAGAUGAUCUCCUCAACGCCCUAAACGAGGGCAUCAGCCGCGCUGAUGUCAUCAUCACCUCCGGUGGCGUGUCCAUGGGAGAGAAGGACUACCUGAAACAGGUGCUGGACAUCGACCUCCAUGCUCAGAUCCACUUUGGACGGGUGUUUAUGAAGCCAGGUCUUCCCACCACCUUUGCCACUGUAGACAUUGAUGGAGCACGGAAACUGAUAUUUGCUCUACCAGGUAAUUUCACCUUCAGAGACACAGGCGCCAUUCUCAUCGACUCUGUGCCCGACAGUGAGGCAAGCAGACAGCCCGUGCCACCGCCACCGCGCGGAAGUAAUCCAGUGUCUGCUGUCGUCACCUGUAACCUCUUCGUCAUCCCCGCUCUGAGGAAGAUGCAGGGUAUUCUGGAUCCUCGGCCCACCAUCAUCAAAGCCAGGCUGUCCUGCGAUGUGAAGUUGGACCCCCGUCCAGAGUACCACCGAUGCAUCCUGACAUGGCACCACCAGGAGCCCCUGCCUUGGGCACAGAGCACAGGAAAUCAGAUGAGUAGUCGACUGAUGAGUAUGAGGAGUGCUAACGGUCUGCUGAUGCUGCCCCCGAAAACCGAGCAAUACGUAGAGCUUCAUAAAGGAGAGGUCGUGGACGUGAUGGUCAUAGGACGACUAUGAUGAUGUCAUCCUCCGGGGACAGAGAGACAGACAGGAGGAGGAAGUGGUGCAUGUCCACAUAUCAUCAAUAUUCUGUAAUAUGUAACGGCACAGCUAGUUUCGAUUGGUUUCGGAUAAUGAUGUUGGUCAUGUGUAAUUUAUCAACAUCUCAAAUGUAAAACGAGUACAUUGAUCAUGAAAAUAUUAAUUUGAAAAUAUCAUUGUAUUUCGAAGAAAGACAAAAUGUAAUACCUUUUAAAAGUGAAAAAAAAAUAUUUAAACCAUAAGAGAUUUAUUCUGUAUUAUAUUAUGAUAAUUAUUAUGAUUAUUAUUAUAAUUAUUAACAUUAUAUUAUCCUCAUAUUAAGCAACUCUGUUUCUUUCAUCCUCGCAAUUGCUUUGUGUGUUCAACGCUAGACCUUAUAGAUAGAUAGCAGUAGCAUUUCAAUAGGAAGCUGUAGGUGCUUAACAGGAUUCAGAAAGAAAGCCUAUUUAAAAUAAUGUCAGAAGUCCCCCUUGGGCAAUGUCCCAAUUCUCCACCCUUCUCCUGAAGUGUGCACUUGCACCAUUGUCGUUAUUAAAUGCAUGGGAAUGGUGUAGGAAUUGGCUGGAGGGGAAUUGCCACCAAUGCUAAAUCUAUGCAACGAAGUAUGCAGGAGAAGAGUGGAGAAUCAGGAUGUGGCCUUGGUGCUCUGGCUUGAUUCAGUGCUUUCAGAGCCCUGAGGUGUCUUUAGGUAACACCGCUGUCUCCCACCCUUUACUAGUAUUCAAUGCCUCAUUAUACAGGCUUCAUUAUGAUUCAUAAUGGCUUCACACACAGCUUUGCUUGUCGUUUAACUUGUGAGUCGUGUUUAUGUGCGCAGUGCCAAAUGUGGUGGGCAUCGUGGGUCAAAGGUUAGUGUGUCGUCAUAAUGAGACCUGGGCCUAUGUUCAUAAAGUGGCUCAGAGUACGAGUGCUAAUUCAUGAUCAGAGCCCGAAUCCAAAAAGCCUCAAAAUAGGAGUGCUGAUCUAGGAUCUGUCAAUCUAAUCUUUUUAUUGUGAUCUAAAAGGCGAAACAGGUCCUAGAUCAUCUACUCUGAGAUGGUUUGUGGAUGAUGUAUGGGCCUAGGUCCCUCUGUGGAUAAUUAUGAUAUAAAAAAUAAACUGAUCCUAGAUCAGCAUUCCUUUAUGAAUACAGGCCUUAAAGAAAGGAAGCAUUGUGACUGUGCCCCCAACUGGCCGACGGUUUCUCCUAGCUGCCCUCCAGGCCCACUAGCUUCUUCAUUGUCUGACCCCACCUGGUACUGAAGUCCCAGCCAGAGCCAUGUAUAUCCCUUCACAUAUCUAAAUAUAUG